GUUUAUGCGCGCAGUGAGGUGCGACUUUUGACCUUUGAACUUCUACAUUACUACUCUCAGCCAAUGGACGCUGAGCAUACGCACUGAAAUGCUCUGACAAAGACUCGUGGAGUUAAAAUAUAAAAAUCAGGAAGUGGGCGAUUCAGAGUGUUUGUUUUGCGAGGUGAGUCGAAUGUUAAUUCAGCGCCACUUUUAGCAGACGGCAGUAUUAUUGGAGUCGAGUUGGCCUUGAUCAAUGUCAGUAUCUUCGAGCAGACGACACAGGUUUGAAAGAAACUCGUGUUCGUCUUUCAGCAGAUAGAUUUGAAAGACACACAAACGAGUGUCCAUCUCUUAACAGACAAUUUUGGAAGACACAAAUAAUGCUGUUUUCUCUGUCACUACGUUUGGUUUUCCUCAUCGCGAUUGUCUUGAUCAGUGUGUCUGUCGGAACCAGUGUCACCGUGGAGGACGUCCUUCAGUGUUCUGUAGAUGACAUAUGUUGCACUAACAUGAGAGAGGACAGAUUGCCGAACCUCAUCUUGAAUUACGACUGCAGUCAGCCUGACAACGUCACCCUUCUCCUACCACCCGGCACCAACAAAACAUCCCCAUUCCGACUCUUCUUCUCAAACCUGUGCAUCACACGUCUCCCUGAGGAUAUAUGUGAUUAUCCCAACAUUGCAAGUAUACUUGCGGUGACCGGUAAAAUCGAAACAAUUCCCAGCCUUAGCUGUCUGAAGAAUUUGAUAGCUCUGGUACUUGUCAACCAGGAAGUUAAAUCUGUUGAGACGGGUGUGUUCGUUGGUUUGGAAAGGUUGAGAUACAUCGACCUUGCUUAUAACAAAAUACAUACUAUUGAGCCAGGAGUGUUCAGUGAAGACUUACAUGGAUUGAUGAGGGUUCAUCUUGACUACAACGAGCUGACAGCGUCUGAGGCCUGGCCGAUAAGGAUUACCCAUCAAUUCUGUGUUUUCGGCCUAAGUCACAAUAACAUAUCCCAUUUUUCAAACGAAGAAAACUGGUUAGUGGAUGAAUCCAAACACUAUGGACCCGGUAUGGUAGGCUUUUCUCACAAUUUGUUUACGACAUUGGUUUUAGAGGAAUUGGAGAUCUAUGGAAUUCGUAAACGGAAAAUUAGUGGGACAUUUGAUAAUUGGGGGUUUGACUUCAGACAUAAUAAGUGGAUCUGUGAUUGCAAUUUUCAUGAAUUUCUCCACCUGUCAUCAAAUUUAUAUAUGGUAAUAUGGAGGAACUACUUAAAUGUUCUCUGCGACAGUCCAGCUCAUCUGAAAGGAAAGCAAGUGCUACGUCUGCCACUGGAUGCGUUUGUGUGUAAUGUCACGGACAAAUGUCCUCAAGAAUGUUUAUGUCAGGAUCAGCCAGCAAAAAAACAGAUGUUGGUUGACUGCCGUGGUAGAAACUUGACACGUUUACCGUCCAUGGUUCCCGACGGUAAUUUAAAACUGCUUUUUGGCGAUAAUUCCAUUACCUUCUUGGAAGCAGUAGGUUAUUUGCAAAGAACAAAAUAUCUUGACGUAUCUAGAAAUAAUAUUAAAAUUAUUGCACCUUCAGCAAUUGACCUUUUGCAAAAUGGGGUUGCAUUUCUGGGCCUAUCGGACAAUCGUCUUGAGUUUUUACCGAAAAAAAUCCAGAACAUCCAUUAUUCUAAACUAGACAUCAACAGAAACCCAUUUGUGUGCAGCUGUUCCUCCACUUGGAUGUCACUGUGGCUCAGAUACCAACCUCGGAACUACAACGUCACCGACAUCACUUGCUUGAUGCCAGCGGGCAAUACGGUACAGCUUGUACGAGCGGACCAAAGGUUACUUAACUGUCAGAUUCGCAGUCCUUUUCCUAAGAUAUUCAGCGCCCUGUUGGGAACAUUUGCAGUCAUAUUUGUGCUUUUGGUGGUCCUUGUUGUGGUGUUUCGGUAUGAAUUGAUGCACCUUCUUCAUACGGGUGCAAAAAAGCUGAAGCGAACUAGCGAUGAGGACUCGGAGUACGAUUUGUUUGUGUCGGUGGAUGGAGAGAGUGAGUCUGACCGAGUCUGGUCCAAGAAACUGCUUAAUGAACUGGAGCAGAAUCACAACCUCAGACUGUACUUCCCGCCCCGGGACAUGGACCCGGGGACAGUGAUCACUGAUGAAGUUAUCAAGACGCUCCAGAGAAGCCGCGCAGCUGUCAUUGUGCUGUCUAGUAGCUAUGUGGACAAUCCCUCCAAGAUGUUCGAGUUCACGGAGACCUACAAUAUCAUGGUCAAACAGCGUCGCGGCCGUGUGAUUGUCGCCAGGCUCGACAACGUCACCACUGCCACCAAUGGCUAUCUGAACGCUUUUCUAAGACUCAAGAAGUAUAUAGAUGCUGACAACUGCGACUUGUUCGAAAAGAUCGUGCAUGAGGUUCAGGAGGAGAAAUCUCAAAAUUCUCGAUCUCGAUCUGUGAGCCAAGUUGAAAUAAUGGCUUAAAAGUAGUGCCUGUCUUGUGAUACAAACUUGAGUUUCAUCAAUACAUCAAUGCCGGUUAUAGUGAUUCCUAUUGAUGUAGGUAAUGGUUCAGUUGCACUCAACCAAUAAACUACAUCAUGUUUCUAAGAACUAUGUGCCAUUUGUGUUUGGUCUAAUACAUACUAUACGUAAAAUAUACAUUCUUAAGUCCAUUCCGUGAAUCAGCGAAGAUUCCAGAGCAGAAUAAGCCCAAAUAUCCAUGUUCCUCGCAAGAGACGAUUAAGAUAUUGACCUGUGACUUCUGACUGGUUUCUUGGCUGCCAUCGAACCGACGCCUUUGUAUGAUCCAGGCUUCAAUACUUACAGGUCAUCGUUAUGAGGAUUCAAUAUUAUUGGCCUAAGGCUUCAGUACUUACAGGUAAUCGUGAUGAAGAUUCAAUAUUAUUGGCCUAAAGCUUCAGUUCUUACAGGUCAUUGUGAUGAAGAUUCAAUAUUAUUGGCCUAGAGCUUCAAUACUUACAGGUCAUUGGGAUGAAGCUUCAAUGUUAUUGACUUUAGGCUUCAAUAACUGUUUUAAUUGUUAUACAUACAUGUAGGGACACUGCUUGGCGUUAAGCGGCUAUUAAUUAUACCCUGUCGGGCUUUGAAUAGUAAUGUUGUUCCCAUUUCUUGCCAUAAUAAUUUCAUCUUUGUACUCAGUAUUCUGUAUAUUCUGUUUUAAAGGUAUGUACUCCUUGUCAGAUUAUGUGUAUAACCAAUGAGAGAUUUUACUGUGUUGCAAUAUAAAAGACAUUGACUAAAGUAUUUAACCGGAGGACUCAUUACACUUUCCACGUGGAUGUGGUAAACUCGUCCAAGGCACUGGUGGUGUAAGGUGCCGCAUGUCGCUGUGUGGAGAUACGUACCCUCACCCCACAUGAUCCAUUAAAUUAAUCGAGUGCUCGAAUUCCGCACGUAAACGUUGAUCUGUCAAACCACAGCCAUGUUCGCUGUACCAUCAUUCAGUAGACCCACGGGAUAAAACUGAAAGUCGUAACGCAGCAGUGUUACGUCAAUUCGUUUGUCCAAGUCUACAUUAUUUGUUUGUUUGUUUAACGCCGCAGUCAACAAUAAUCCAGCAAUAUGACGGCGGUCUGUAAAUAAUCGAGUCUGAACCAGAAAAUCCAGUGAUUGGGAUAGGAUGGUAUGCAUCAGCAGGCCGGACUACUCGAUCCAGUUAGUCGCCACUUACGACAAGCAUAGGUUGCUGAAGACCUAUAUCCUAACCCGGAUCUUCACGGGGCCCAAGUCUACUUGAUGUUAGGAUGCACCGAGGCCCAUAUCCCUGUCAGAGGCAUUGGAAUUUUCUAGAAUUUUGUAAGAGAUAUUUCUUUUCAUAUGUCAUGUUCAUUAUACAAUUGUUACAUGCUAUUCUUGCCCCAAUGUAGCUAGACGGGGGCCAUGCUGCAUGGCCUGAUGCAUAUAUAUUGUCUAUGGAAUUAUGAAAGACUUUCAGGCGAUGUUAAGUGUUUUUGUACGCGUCGAUAAAUAAAAUCAUUAAUAA